UAGAAGAAACCUGCGAUCUGGAAUGAGAUAACUUUCACCAUGAGCCAACAAGGUUACGUCGCUACGCCUCCAUACUCCCAACCCCAGCCUGGAAUGGGGGCACUCUCCCCACCUCUUCGUGGACAUUAUGGUGACCCAUCACACUCAGCCCCUCCAGCAGGCAUAAUGAAGCCAGCUGGGUCUUUAGGACCAACUGCACCUGUUGGGGCAUUACCUCCUGGACCCCCCAAUUCUGGGACCCAUCAAUUUGGCCAGAAUGGUCCUAAUAUCUCAGGGUAUCCCCAGCAGAGGUUUCCAGGCCCUCCACCUGUCAACAAUGCCAACAAUGCUGCCCCUCCCUACCCACCAUCUUCUCAUCUGCCACCAGCAUCCUAUCCCAGUCCUGGGUCCAUGUCUGCCACCACCCAAUUGGGCCAUCAACUUGGUGCCAUGCAAAUCCACAAUUACGGUCCUGGCAUGGCUUCAGGCUCCCCGGGCAUCCCGGCCCCACCCUCGGCAGCAUCUUUCCAAGGACCUCCGCAGCUGGCCCAGCCAUCCAUUCUGCUGCCGGGCCCCCGGAUGCUCCCACCCCCGCCGAGCACGCACAACGGCUUUGGGGCUGCACCCUCAUUGCCACCAGCAGGCAGGCAGGAUGGACUCCCUGGAUCCAGCCCUCCCACUGCCAAUUUUCCAUCUCUGCCUCUUCCAGGACAACCUCCAGGCCCUGGAUAUCCUCCUCAGCAAGGGGCCAACUACAGCCCUCCUCAGAUGCCUGGAGCUCAGCUGACUUCCCCAGCGGGAUUUCCUGGCGGUCCUGCGCAGAUGGCCGGACCGAUGCAGCCUCCAAAGAAGCUCGAUCCGGAGUCUAUCCCAAGUCCAAUUCAGGUGAUUGAGAAUGACAGAUCCACCAGAAGCGGUCAAGUUUAUGCUACCAACAUGAGAGGCCAGGUUCCCCCUCUGGUAACCACGGACUGUGUGAUCCAAGACCAAGGCAAUGCCAGCCCUCGUUAUAUCCGGUGUACAACAUACUGCUUUCCAUCCACUUCGGAUAUGGCCAAGCAAUCCCAGCUCCCGUUAGCUGCCAUCAUCAAGCCGUUUGCCACUGUUCCUCCAAAUGAGGUGCCUCUUUAUCUGGUAAAUCAUGGUGAGUCAGGACCGGUCAGAUGCAACAGGUGCAAGGCCUAUAUGUGCCCCUUUAUGCAGUUUAUUGAAGGAGGAAGAAAGUACCAGUGUGGAUUUUGCAACUGUGUAAAUGAUGUUCCACCCUUCUACUUUCAGCAUCUGGACCACGUCGGCAGAAGGCUAGACCACUACGAGAGGCCAGAGCUCUCUCUGGGAUCUUACGAAUACGUUGCUACUUUGGAUUACUGCAGAAACAACAAGCCUCCGAACCCACCGGCCUACAUCUUCAUGAUCGAUGUUUCCUAUAGCAAUGUGAAGAAUGGCCUGGUGAAGCUCAUCUGUGAAGAACUGAAGACCGUCCUGGAAAGUCUUCCAAAGGAAGAGCGAGAAGAGACCUCGGCCAUCCGGGUGGGAUUCGUCACCUAUAACAAAGUCCUCCACUUCUUCAAUGUCAAGAGCAACUUGGCCCAGCCCCAGAUGAUGGUGGUGACCGAUGUGGCGGAGGUCUUUGUUCCUCUCUUGGACGGCCUCCUGGUCAACUAUCAAGAAUCCAAGGCCGUCAUUCACAACUUGUUGGACCAGAUUCCAGAGAUUUUUGCUGAUUCUAACGAGAAUGAGACAGUUUUUGCUCCUGUCGUCCAAGCUGGCAUGGAAGCCCUAAAGGCAGCAGACUGUCCAGGGAAGCUAUACAUCUUCCACUCGUCAUUGCCGACUGCCGAGGCCCCGGGCAAACUGAAAAACCGAGAUGACAGAAAACUGAUCAACACAGACAAAGAAAAGACGCUCUUCCAGCCACAGACAAACAUCUACGAAACCCUGGCUAAGGACUGCGUGGCCAACGGCUGCUGCGUGAACCUCUUCGUCUUCCCCAGUCAGUACGUGGACGUGGCCUCGAUGGGCCUGGUGACCCUGCAGACGGGAGGCACGCUGUAUAAAUACAACAACUUCCAGAAGCACUUGGACAGCCAGACGUUCUUGAAUGACCUCAGGAGCGACGUCCAGAAAAUUACAGGAUUUGACGCUAUCAUGAGGGUACGCACCAGCACAGGCUUCAGAGCCACCGACUUCUUUGGUGCCAUUUACAUGAACAACACGACAGACGUAGAGAUGGCCGGUGUGGACUGCGACAAAGCCGUGACGGUGGAGUUCAAGCACGAUGACAAACUGAACGAAGAUAGCGGCGCCCUCAUCCAGUGUGCCGUGCUCUACACAACCAUCAGCGGUCAGAGAAGGCUGAGGAUUCACAACACCAGCCUGAACUGCAGCAGCCAGCUGGCAGACCUCUACAAGAGCUGUGAGACGGACGCCCUCAUCAACUUCUUUGCCAAAUCAGCUUUCACGGCGGUUCUCACACAGCCCCUGAAGACGGUCCGGGACAUCCUGGUGCAUCAGACUGCUCACAUGCUGGCAUGUUACCGCAAGAACUGUGCCAGCCCCUCAGCUGUCAGCCAGCUCAUCCUGCCUGAUGCCAUGAAGGUAUUCCCAGUAUAUAUGAACAGUCUGCUAAAAAAUUGCGUGCUACUCAGCAGACCGGAGAUCUCAGUGGACGAACGAGCCUCUCAGAGGCAGCUGGUCAUGUCGAUGGACGUUGCAGACACUCAGCUCUUUUUCUACCCACAGCUUAUACCAAUACACACAAUGGAUGUCAAGAGUGAAACUCUGCCAGCUGCCAUUCGCUGCUCUGAAGAGCGUCUCUCUGAAGGAGGGGUAUUCCUAUUGGUCAACGGGCUUCGGAUGUUCCUGUGGCUGGGAGUGAGCACGCCACCAGAGUUGAUUCAAGGAAUUUUCAAUGUGCCCUCCUUUACACACAUCAACACAGAUGUAACAUCACUGCCUGAGGUGGGGAGUCCAUACUCUGAGAAACUCAGAUUGACCAUGAGUAAUAUCCAGAAGAAGCAGCCGUAUUCGAUGAAGCUUACCAUCGUGAAGCAGCGCGAGCAGCCAGAGGUGGUUUUCCGACAGUUCCUAGUGGAAGACAAAGGUCUCUACGGAGGAGCAUCUUAUGUGGAUUUCCUUUGCUGCGUCCACAAAGAGAUCUGCCGGCUUCUGAGCUAGAAGAAGCUGGCCUCUCCAUCCUUUGGCUUCUUUCCAUAUCAAAGAGGAUGAUAUCCCCGUGGUCACUGUCCUGAAGGAGGUUUUGCUUCGGGCUUUCCUCAAGGCUUCCUUCCUGUACAGUUUCUGGUCUCUGAAUCUACAUUGCUCAUCUUCUCUAUCUAGUGGCCUAUCGAGCCGUGUUCAGGUAUCCAGCUGAAGACGGACAGGAUGGUCAGUCCUGAAAUAUAGGGAAAGCACCUAUAUCUGAUGGCAAAUUUUAAAACUCUUCUCUAAGUCUAUGCAUUUCAUAUGAGGCAGAGUUUACAGGACUCAUUCUCAAUUCUUUCUUUUCUUUUCCAUUCCUAUAAAUUAUAAAGAUGUAUAGAUGUGUGGAGGGAGAGGAGAUCCUGGUACCUUUCCCAUUGAUGAUAUAGGAAGAACCACCUUCAUUUUCAUAUGGUACUUAAUUUUGUAAAAGACUUAUUUUUCCAUUCCAAACUCAUUUUUCCAUUCAAUGGCAAACAUCUACACAGCCAGUCUAAACAAGUUUUAGACUCUGGCAGAGAAUCUUGUGUGCAUUCAGCAACUUUUCAGAAUUACACAUUCUAAGUUGAACCUUUCUCUCCAUUCCUUAUUUUGUCCAUAAAACUGUCAACAUUCUUAAUGGUUCUUUGUACAAUUUUGACGGUUUCUACCUGUAUAUAAAGGGAUCUUAAUUAAUAGAGAUAAAUCACUUCAUAUGUCUUGUCCAUCAAAUAUAGGUAGCAUUAAGCAUUUUCUCAAAGGUAAACAUACUUUGGGAUUGAGAAAACAAGGAAGAGAGCAGCAGCCUGGCCAAGUGAAUAGAGAGUUGGCCUUUGGCUUAGAAAGAUCUGGGUUCAAGUCCUGCCGCUGACACAUACUGGCUGUGUGACUCUGGGUGAGUCACUUAUCCCCCAGGCAAUUCUCAAGAGUGUAAGUAAAGAAGGUGCUCACCAGCAUGGGUAGAGUGAGUUUCUCCCCAAAAUUCCCUUGACCAACGCAAUCAUAGAUCGAAAGAAAAAAAGGCAAGGAAAGGUACUCAGUUAUUUGGAUGGAUAGACUUAACAAAGAAAUUGUUAGUCAUUUCUUACAGACCAUUAAGGGUCUACAAUUAAAACAAACUUCCUAAAUGUUUUUUUUUUCUUAAAUUCUAUUGACAAAUUUUUUUUAAAUUCUUCACAAAGCCAAAACGACUCAUUAUUAAACCACAGGGUUUGCCUGCCAUUUUUAAUCCAGGGCUAAAGGAUUUACCCUUUUAGGACCCCAUCUCCCCUCCAUCCCCCUUGGAUUCAGCCUUCUCCGUUAACUGGCUUUACAGAGGUGCAGGGGCAUCUUCACCCCGUUCAUGUUCAUCGGGCACACGUGGAUCAGAAACUUCUACCAGCCUGCCUGCCCCGGAUGCGGAUGAAGCUCCAUUGACCCUGAGGAGCAGCCACAAAUCAGGCCUAUUCCACACUCCACGGAGAACCAUUUGGACCUGCACAUCUUGCUCUGAAGGGACUUGUGGUCUUCUGAAAACCUUUUAGCCAAGCUCCAGGGGGAGAAUUAAGUUGCCUUCAGUCCCUCCUUUGAUGCACCUGGACCGCAGCCCUUGGAACACCUCAAGCGUCUGCACUGCCUUCCUGCUGUGUGGUGCUGUUGCUGAUGUUAACAGGAACACGGCUGCCUCUCUACCACCCUAUCGCAAGGCAGCUCCACCCCUGCGGUUGGUUACCCAUCACAACUCAAGCCAACCGCAGAGAAUAAGCCUUAACAGGUUCAAUCUACAUGUUUAACUAAGGAGAGAAAAACAUUUGUUGUGUUAAGUGCAAUUCAUUAUGUACUAAAACCUAAAGGAUUUUUACCAGCAGUUUAAAACAUAACCAAAAUGAAAUGAAUUUUAUUAAAACAUUUUCAUCGUA